AUGGCGGGAGCGCCCGCGCCGGAGCGCUGCAGGGGCUGCGCCGGCCCCGGCUGCGCGUGCGGCGCGCGGGGCGCGCGGGCCGAGCCGCCGCUGCUGGGCCGGCGGCUGUCGGGGGGCUCGCCCGGCCGCCCGCCGCGGGAGCCGUGGGCCAGCACGUGGGGCUCGCUGAGCCGGCCCGCGCCGGCGGCGGAGCGGAGCGCGGAGGCGGCGGCCGCGCGGGACGAGGACCGGCCGCUCGUGUUCCUGUGCGCCGGCUGCCGGCGGCCGCUGGGCGACUCGCUGAGCUGGGUGGCCGGGCCCGAGGCCGGCUGCAUCCUGCUGCGCAGCGUGUCCAGCAACGUCUCUGUGGAUGCCGAGCAGAUACUGUCCAAACGAGAGAACGAGAACGGCUGCAUCCUGGAGAGCCUGCGCUGUGCGGGCUGCGCGCUGCCGCUCGGCCACAUCUACCGCAGCACGCCCGGCCACCUGGACUACAAGCGGGACCUGUUCUGCCUCGGCGUGGGCGCCACCGAGAGUUACGUCCUAGGGUCCUCGGAGAAGCACAUCGUGUCGGAGGACAAGGCGCUCGGUCUGGAGAGCAGAGCUGAGAUCGAGAACUCGCUGAAGCAGAUGGAGGACGUGCUGACGAUCCUACAGACGAAGCUGCAGGACCUGGAGGCCAAGCUGACCUUCGCCAGCUCCAGGUCCGAGCUGUGA